AUGCAUUCCCUCAAAUUUCACAACGACCAAGAAAUUUCCAGUCGUUUGGGUGUUAGGCCAAAGGACAGUGAGAAGGUUAUAUUAAAGCAGGGUGGCUCUCACCUGACAGCACAUUUCCUUGCUGGGUUUAUCCGGUCCUGUCUAGAAAUAUUUUUGGUUGCCCUGAUUGAAGUCCUAGAACCUAAGCUGAGAUCGCGGAAGGCCGGAGACCGCCGCUGCGCCGCUGUGGGCGCUGCGCUGCGUGGGACUGAACAGGAAACCGUGGCGUUGCCCAUCCGGGCUGGUCACCCUCGAGGCGAACAGGUGGCUCGUCCCGGGGGGUCAUCCCGGCCGCCGGGUGUCCCCGAUCCUCCGAGCCGCCGACAGAGGGAGGGCGAGGGCCGCGCUCCGCCGCCCGGGCCAUCCGUUAAUGCUUUGGAAAAUGAUCAAGAUGGAGGCAUAACUCUUGCACUAGAAAAUGGACCUGUAUUGUCUGUUUCUCCUCAGCUUACCACCCUGGGAAAUCUUACACCUUCAAGCACUGUGUUCUUUUGCUGUGAUAUGCAGGAAAGGUUCAGACCAGCCAUCAAGUAUUUUGGUGAUAUCAUCAGCGUGGGACAAAGGCUGUUGCAAGGAGCCCGGAUUUUAGGAAUUCCAGUUAUUGUAACAGAGCAAUACCCCAAAGGUCUUGGAAGUACUGUUCAAGAAAUUGACUUAACAGGUGUAAAACUGGUUCUUCCAAAGACCAAGUUUUCAAUGGUGUUACCAGAAGUAGAGGCAGCGUUAGCAGAGAUACCUGGAGUCAGAAGUGUGGUAUUAUUUGGAGUAGAAACUCACGUAUGCAUCCAGCAAACGGCUCUGGAGCUGGUUGGCCGAGGAGUCGAGGUCCACAUUGUUGCUGAUGCCACCUCCUCAAGAAGCAUGAUGGACAGGAUGUUUGCUCUGGAGCGUCUUGCCAGAACUGGGAUCAUAGUGACCACAAGUGAGGCUGUUCUGCUACAGCUGGUGGCUGACAAAGAUCAUCCAAAAUUCAAGGAAAUUCAGAAUCUGAUUAAGGCAAGUGCUCCAGAGUCUGGUCUGCUUUCCAAAGUAUAGGAGGACAUUGGAAGGAUGGGCAACAGGACUAAGCCCAGACAAGCUCUGUCUCUACUAGAAUUAAAAUGUUAUGUCAAAAAUGGCUCCUUUUUUUGCAGCUCUCUAGUAAUACUUUCCUGGCUAGAUCAUGUGGGUACCAGCGUUUAGUUACCAGUGUCAGAAGCUUCAGGUGCUGCUUACCUUCUUUUUUUUCUUAAUGGGCUUUUAUUUAUUAAAACAAUUAAUUGGAGGUGCCUGUUUUGUCUAUACCGUACACACUGACCGUACCCUUCGAAAGUGCACAGUCUGGUGAAGUUUUCUAAAAUUGUGCACUUCAAAGAAGAAUAGAUCUACUAAUAAUGAUUUGACUUUUAUAUCACUGUAAGAUGUAUGUUAGUAUUAAUAUAGACUCAGUGCUUGAAUUUACAGGUUAAGCAUUGUACAGGAAAUAGGAACAGGACGAUGGGCCGUGUUCCUGCUUGUCUCAAAGUGUUGUUGAGUUACGUAUUCAGUGAGUUGCAUUGAUCUAACUAUAUCAAAUCAUGUUAAAUAAUUACAUAUCUUUCUUGAUUAUACUGAUUUUCUUACUCUGGUCAGCAUCUCUAACUAUUACUAGUUUUUUAGCUGGCUUUCUUUAACCUAGAAAAAUUCAUUAAGUUGUGCUUAUUUUUAUUAUCUUUAAGUAGUUCUGAAAAGAGAUUUCAAUUCAGCAUAUAAAUUCAUAAGUAUAGUGCCACCCCUUUCCAUUGCUUAUUAAUUCCUUUAAAAGAUUAUGGAAAUGUCAUGCUGUGUGGCUCCUCCCUUGGUGGAGAACUGUAGCUGAAUGUCUUUACAAUAAUUUGGAGUACAUCUGUUAGAUAGCACAAGAUUUAGCAGCGACAUGGGUGAAACAUGUAGUUUCAAAAUGUUCAUAUUCCGUUCCAUAUUUCUCCAACUUACUCUUGAAAUUAUUGUCAGUGCAACAGGCAUCAGGAAUGAUUUGGUAGUACUAAUUUUGUGGUCAUUGUUACUCGUCAAUAAAUUUAUUUUCAUUAAUACGAGUGUUUAAAAACUUUUUUUAAAUACUGUGUGAAAUGUGGAACAUUUCUGUCUUUUAUAUUAAAGUAAUUAAAGAUGAAGAAAAUA